AUGUUCAGGUUGCGGAGAUCGACAUCUGACAUCCGAGUCGAGACAUCCGAGGAUUCCCACUUGCAAUCACCGGAACCACAUCGACUUCCACAAGAGAUAUUCGAUCUCAUAGUCGACUUUAUCGCGUCGCACAAGCGCGAAUCAAAUGAAUGGAGAGACACCCUUGUUUCUUGUACAAGUGCCUUCAGGUCACUGAGGUCCAGAGCGGUUGUGAUGCUAUUCAAGGAAGUCGAACUUCGCACCAAUCCCUUCAACAUACAACGGCGAGCCGCCAGGCUCCUGAAGGUGCUCAAAGGCGAUCUGCGGCUUGUUGAGAACAUGCAUUCGUUCACCGUGUCUUUAUCAUUCGACAGACACCACCCUGCCGUGCGCGCAGGCCAAAUCCUUCACCCUCGAUAUCGCCGACUCGCACUCUCCGCAGUGGACACGAUUAGACUGAAGAGAGGCUCUUUCUUGGAAAUCCUGGAGCUUAUCCUCACACACUCUCAACUGCGAACCCUCGGGGUCGAGGGCAACUAUAAUUGGGAGGGCCAGCUAUUAUCAAGGAAGGAGAAGGAAACCCUGAUCGCGAUUCGGUCGAUGCCCUCUAUCAAGACUCUCGGCCUCUGCGGAAUAAACCACCUCGACCCGAGGAUGUUCUUCGGAAACCGUCCAUCGGAGAACACCUUGGACAAGAUCGUGCUCGAUGGGAUGCUUAACUACGGCCCCAUACCCAAUAAUCUCGUGCCACCUCCCCCGCCCUCGAAUAUAACGUCGGUGCAGUUAUCCGACAGGUCGUGUCGUCUGUUGGAUUUUAUGAUGCAGCGUCUUCAUGAACCUUCUCCCUUGAGCAUCAGAACAUAUCCCACUUACUUUCCCGCUCUCAAAAAGCUGAAGAUAAGCUACGUGGGAAGUUUGGGAGACUUGACGGCUAUGUGGUAUUUCAUCACAACUGCGACGUCCCUUGAGUCCCUCGAACUUGAACAUAUAGGGAACUAUGGCACGCGACAGUCUGUCGUGGAAAGUGUCUGGUGCCUCAGUGACUUAGGCGCACUGCGUCACCUCAAGUUCAGUACCGGAACGAGAGACGGACCUAAGUCGAGACGGAAUAUCCAGGUCAUCAUGGAGAUACUGCGGUCCUCCAGGGAACCCAGCGCAAUCCAAUCUCUAGCCAUUGACUUCGAUAUCCCGGCCAACGGUGAAAUAGACCUGACGCAGAAUUCCGUCAAACAAUAUUGGGAGCAAGUGGAAAGGAUCUUGACAGGGCCCCAGUUCCCCGCAUUGCGCUCGGUGAAGAUCAACAUCAAGGUUGCACGGCCCAGCGAUGACGAUGAUAUCUCGAUGUUAUGCCUUCAUUAA